AUGUCCCAUUUGGCUGCAGUUUAUUAUCGACAGUCUAUAGUUCAACUAUUGAAACUGAAUUCAAAUCACACUUUAAAUAAUGUUCAGCAAAAAGUCUGCCUUUUUAUUAGCGUUUAUAUUUUAUUCUGUUUGCUGUUUGAAUUUUGGAACUUCAUCUGUUGUCGCCCCUUACCCAUACACAGGAUAUAUUUAUCCUAGUUGGUGGUUUGGUUUAUACCCUGGAUAUUAUCCCUAUGGAUAUGCAUAUGGAUACGGAUACGGAUAUGGGAACGAAAUCUGUGGAAACAAUUGCUUUACAACAUGUCAAACUCCAUGUCUGACACCUUGUGUGUUUAAUACUAUUUGCUGUUGUUAAGGAUAAACACGCGGCCACACUUGGAAAUAUCUCUACUAACCAGUUAUCGUUACUCACAAGCUUAUGAAACAAAGCAAGUCAACUUUCUUAUCUUUUCCAGAUCCAAUUCAGUUAAAUAUGAAAAGUUGAGGUGGUCGCAAUGUGAACUAAAUUUAAACUCGGAUUAUUUUUAUAAAUAAAACGAGACAAUUUUUAAAAAUGUCUGGUUUUGCUUUAAAUUAAAUCCACUUUGAAAAUUCUAUUGAAAAUUGAAAAUACAUCAGCUUCUUGUUAAAUGAUAUUUUUUAAAUGAUUAAAAUAAGUAACAAGGUUCUAUAGCUUCCUACAUAAAAGAGGGCUAAAUCGAAUCGAAUACAAGAAUUUCUUAUACGAACACUGGUAGAAUAAAACAAAGUUAACAACAAUAAUGCUACCAAAAUAAAUAAAAAAAUAUACUUCAAAUGUUUGCAUUCAAAUUUAAGCAAAAUUAAACACUGUGCCUAAAUAUAAAUGAUUUUUAGUGAAGAUAAUAGAUUCGUAAUUAAUAAUUAUACAAACACAUCUUAUCUUUAGCAUUUGUCUAAACAAAACUGUUAAAAGAUAAAGUAAACAAAAUAAGUACAGAAAUAAAGUCAAACAAUUGAUUACUAUAAAAGAUCAAUUUAUUUUAAAAAAUAAUCCAGUAUCUACUUGCAAACGGUUAAACUAAAAUGUCAUUCAAGUUUUUAGUGUUUUUUGCUACAGUAGUAGCUGUUGUUGAAUUUUCCGAGAGUCGUGUUCGAAAGAACGAAAUUCAUGCUGUGAAGUCAAUUGAAGAGCCUGAUCUCGAUCCUACCAAGUCACAAGAUCUUUUGAAGAAUCCAAUUCCAAAUUUUUUACUGAAGUCAAUUGAAGAGCCUGAUCUAGAUCCUACCAAGUCACAAGAUCUCCUAAAUAAUCCAAUUAAAUGGCAUUUGAUGAACUCAAUUGAAGAGCCUGAUCUAGAUCCUACCAAGUCACAAGAUCUUCUGAAGGAUCCAAUUCCAAAGUUUUUACUGAAGUCAAUUGAAGAAUCUGAUCUAGAUCCAAUCAAAUUACUGGAUCUUCUGAAGAAUCCCAUUUUAAGACGUUUUGUGGGGUCAGUUGAGGAAUCUGAUCUAGAUACUACGAAGUCACAAGAUCUUCUGAACAAUCCAAUUCCAAAGUUUCCACUGAAGUCAAUUGAAGAGCCUGAUCUAGAUCCUACCAAGUCACAAGAUCUCCUAAAUAAUCCAAUUAAAUGGCAUUUGAUGAAAUCAAUUGAAGAGCCUGAUCUAGAUCCUACCAAGUCACAAGAUCUUCUGAAGGAUCCAAUUCCAAAGUUUUUACUGAAGUCAAUUGAAGAAUCUGAUCUAGAUCCUACCAAGUCACAAGAUCUUCUGAAUAAUCCAAUUAAAUGGCAUUUGAUGAAAUCAAUUGAAGAGCCUGAUGUAGAUCCUACCAAGUCACAAGAUCUUCUGAAGGAUCCAAUUCCUAAGUUUUUACUGAAGUCAAUUGAAGAAUCUGAUCUAGAUCCCAUCAAAUUACUGGACUUUCUGAAGAAUCACAUUUUAAGACGUUUUGUGGGGUCAGUUGAGGAAUCUGAUCUAGAUCCUACCAAGUCACAAGAUCUUCUGAACAAUCCAAUUAAAUGGCAUUUGAUGAAAUCAAUUGAAGAGCCUGAUUUAGAUCCUACGAAGUCACAAGAUCUUCUCAAGAAUCCAAUUCCAAAGUUUUUACUGAAGUCAAUUGAAGAGCCUGAUCUAGAUCCUACCAAGUCACAAGACCUUCUCAAGAAUCCAAUUCCAAAGCUUAUACUGAAGUCAUUUGAAGAGUCUGAUUUAGAUCCCAUCAAGUUACUAGACCUUCUGAAGAAUCCUAUUCCAAGACGGUUUGUGAGGUCAAUUGAAGAGUCUGAUCUAGAUCCUACAAAAUCACAAGAUCUUCUGAUGAAACCAAUUCCAAGGCAUUCCGUGAAGUCAAUUGAAGAAACUGAUCUGGAUCCUACCAAAGCGCAAGAUCUUCUCAAGUAUCCUAUACCGUUUUAAAUACACUUUUCCAGUUGCACGUUAAACGUCUAAAAAAGAUAAUGUUCAAAAAAAUGAUAUUAUAUUAAAAGUGGUUUGAAUUAAAUGAUAAUAAAAUAUAGAUUUUUUAA